CAUGCUUUGAUUGCGGCAAACAGGUCGAGCGCUUGAGAACAGCGCAAUCACGGAGCGCGUCGUAACAGAAGCCAUUGGAAAUGCACAAAAGGACGAUUGAAAGAGAGUGUAUCCUUAUCUCAUGCUGACCUGAUUGCUUGUUUACCACCGGCGGAAUUACGGAUGUAUGAGGGCAUUGUAGACUUAAAUACGACGUCAGCAACAAGCCCAUUUUCAUCCUCUAACAGCACAGAACAGCAUGAAUCUAACAUUCUUUACUCGUAAUCCCUUUUUCAAGAGGGUAAGCAAAGAUCUACCACUCCCCCCAAGCAUCAACAAAGAUGAACAAGCGAUUCUCAACAUUCUUCACAACCACCAUCUCCUUGUACGAAUUUCAUGGCCUGAGUUUGAAAUAAGGUCUGCCAAGUCAACUGCAAAUAGAACAAGAUUCGUUCUCAGACUUAGAUCUGUCUUUCGUGUUGUACGACGAGUCGAGAUAACCAAUACCAAUGACGGUGUUUGCAUCUGGGAGGAUUCAGAACCGGGAGUGACUUGUCGUAUACACUGGACUGUGUCUGGUGGCCAAAGUGGAUACACUCUUAAAGAGAUGUAUGUUACUAGAGGAUCUCGAUUCGUAUGGCUAAGCUCGAAGAUAUACGGUGGUCAUCAGGUCGCAACCUUGUUUUUGAUGAGUUUUCUGAAGAAGAUUGACCGGGUGGUUACCACGAAUGUCCCGGACAGUGAGCGGCGACAUCACAAUUUGAAGAAAUGUAGAGGGGACUGAAGUCUAUAUGCAGCUCAUUUACUUCAUGUCAAGAACACAAUAGGC